AUGACUUCCACAACCGGUGCCGAAGGCACGGAAGAUGUCAAUGACUUCCUGCUUCGUAUCCGGGAGCUCGGUGAAAGGCGCGACAAGGAGGACGAAGAGCGUACGAAGAAAUUGGAGGAGGAAAUCUUGAAGGGUCGACAGGAGAGACAGGCGAGAAGAGCUGAGCGGGCCAGAUCCAUCUCGCCGACGAAAGAUUCCCCUUCUUUAUUUGAUACCACUCGAUUGAGCAUGCCUCCCCCCACCACGCCGCGGCCGAUCGAUCCUCCCGAACAACUCGAGCCAACUCGGUACGAACCUGAGCGGGAAUCCACUCCGAAGUCUGAUUUUAUUCGAGACGACGUAUCGAUGACGACGGACGGGAGUCGGAGGGGCUCGAGGGCGGAGGGUAGCGAGAUCGAAACAUCUCCCAAGCCUCCUUCGACUUCCACCUCGCCUCUUCGAAGCAGAACGGGAACUUUGUCCUGGCAACAACGACCGUCGUCGCGGGACCUUGGUAGCAACAGAUCCUUUUUCUCUAGCUCUCCCACACGUGAGAAUCGCUGGAGGGCCAUGUCUACAACUUCGAACGAUGACCAUGCGGCGCCUCGGAGCCCGAGUGCCUGGUCGCCCUCAGCUAAGGAGACUCCCCCUCCACUGAAACCAACAGAACGAAGCCUCGGCUCUCCGAUGCGCAGCAAGCCUACAGAAGAAAACGUCCAUGAGACUUCUCUGGAAGAGAGCAGCACCAAAGAGCAUGACCCUCCAGUGGAAACUAACGCCGAACAAGAAAAAGAAGCCACCCACCAGGAAACUCCGGAGGCGCGGUCACGCUCUCCAUCUCGAGCAAGCUCAAUAUUCGCAGACAGCAGUAUCAGUAAUCGGUAUUCAAGUGUAUCGUCGGUGUCGACGGCCACGGGUCUCGGCUCGCCGAUCCCGCUAUCGAGCGCACAGAAACUGGAGCCUCCGAAACCUGAGCCAAGUUCGGAGGAGCAGUCGUCGCCUGUAUCGCCCAAACGACUCUCCCCUGAGCGCUCGAGAUCGUCGUCACCCACGAAGGGACUGGGGGGUUUCGUGCAGAGUGCGAUGAUGAAGAGAUCAGAUAGUGUAUCAAAACGGUGGAGCGCUCAACUUCCAUCGGGACUUGCACGGGGAAACUCGUUCGCCAACAACCGCAAUAGUUUCGCUGCGCCUAGCAAUGCAGACGCCCUCUCCGCGUCUCCUAGACUGAGUAGGGAUGGUCCAAUCUUACAUCCCCGCCCAGGAUCGAGUCACAGCGAAGCCACGAUGAAAGACGGUGAACGUCCCGCAACGCCUCCUGUGCCUGGUAGCAAUGUCAGCACACAGCUUGAAGAUAGUCCUAUCAGACCACCUCUCGCGCUCAACACCAAAUCCUCCAGUGGGAUGGACGGUGAGCGUCCAUCCACGCCUCCAGUGUCCGGCGGAAAUAGCAUUGCACGCUCUCACGAGUCGCCCGGCAGACCUCCCCUCUCUCUCCACGCAAGAUCUACUAGUGCACUAGGCAACGACCAAGGCUCUGAGACUGGAUCUCUACCUCCGACUAGUCCGGCAGUGUCGAGGACAAUGGACCCCAAGCGGUGGAGUCCCACAAAAUCUACUUGGCUAGAGAGUGCCUUGAAUCGACCAGAUUCCCCAAGGCACAAGAAACAGCCCUCACAAUCGGCAACGCCACCUUGGGUGAGAGACCGACAGUCCAAGGGCAGCAUCGAUUUGGGCCGAAAGAACAGCUUCAAGGAAGUCACUCCUGUGGGUCUCAUGCGGACUGCUGCUCCCGGUAGCCAUUCGAAGACUUCAAGUGUAUCCGGAAUGCCAGAUCUCUUGGGUGUCCAGGAAAUAUCGAAGCCGAAGGAGGAACCUUUACAAAAGCCAGUGGAGGAGCCAUUGAACAAAUCUACGGAGGAGACUUUAAACAGGCCUGUGGAGGAACCUUUCAAUAAGCCUGCGGAAGAGUCUGAGAACAAGCCCAACGAGGAGCCCGAGAAUAAGGACGAAGAGGAGAAGAACAUCGUCAAAGAAGAGCCUGAGAAUGAGGCUAAGGAAGAGGCAGAGAAUCUGGCUAGGGCAGAGCCCGAGAGUCCAGUGAAGGAGGUGCCUGAACACAAGGCCAACGAGGAACCGGAGGCUCAAGUCGCCGAACCGGAGGGCAACAAGGCACCGAUCGAAGACAGCAGCGAACCCGCAGCGGAAACCAUCGCUUCGGACAAAGCUCCGGCGGCGGAAACCGAGCUUCAAAGUACCGGAGAGGAUGUUAUUCGACGCAAGCGCGCACCCACCCUUCACAUCGCCCAGAAGUCAAGUGUCGACAUGCCCCUUUCCUCCCCUCGAGACCCUCUGCUGAAUCGGCCGAAGCCCCAGUCUCCUGUGAUCGAUUUCCGCGCCAAUCUUCGACGCCGAGAGGUGGUGAAGGAUGAGUCACGUCAAGAGGAACCCGAAUUCAAAAAUAUAUUUGGAAAACUCAAGAAGACGGAAGCUUCCAACUAUGUUGCGCCGGAUGAGCUCAAGGGCAACAUCCUGAAAGGAAAGGCGGCACUCAACACGACUGGGGGACCGAAGAAGUCGCAAAGAGUUGACGAACUGAAGGAGAGUAUUCUGAAGCAGAAAGAUGCCAUAAAAUCCAGCGGAGGCUCGCUGAGGCGCAAUACUGCCGGAGAGAUGGAUGCCCCCCCAUCGCUGGUGCCAGAAGCCAUUGCCAAGCGAAACAAUCUGGGCAAGUCUAACAACGACCUCUCCCCUAUCACGCCAACAUCCCCUUCAAAAGACUUUGGAACACCCCGUGUCUCGCAAGACACGCAGGCCCCAAGUCCAUCCCCCCGAGCGUCCAUGGAACAAGGAGAUAUGCCUACGCAGCCUGAAACUUUGGAAGAACAAAAGGCUGAUGCCCCUGUCACUCUGCUCGAGCCCGUCAAAUUUGAACCGUUUGACGUUGGAAAGAAUGACGACAGCGCUCCCGUCGACUCGGGUGAACAGGAUGACGCACCAGUGGUGGAGAAAAAACAAGAGGAGUCGGAAGAGGGAGCCAUCAAACCGGUGGGUGCUUUGCCGUUGAGCACUGAUGCGCAGGCAACGACCGUGCCUGCUGCCACUGAAGGUCCUGCUGCUAAAGGUAAACUUGCAGGCCGAAUAAAUCCUGCCUUGGCGGGCCUCCUAUCGCGCGGACCACCCGUUGCGGCGAGUGGAUCCGAUAAAACGCUUCCUUCGACUUCUUCCAACGAGGCUGAUGCAGAAGCGUCCAAGUCCGCCGCACCCCUUACGCAUGCAACGAAGAACCGUGCGAGAGGCCCAAAAAGGCGUCUUCCAAAUGCCACCACCCCAUCACAGGUGCCGGAACCUGCUCCGGAGCCUGCCCCGGAGGACAAGGAAGAACCCCAGGAGAUCCCAUCCUUGUAUGUGGAUAGCAAGGAGCCAGAGGUCAAGACCCCUCCUGAGCACGCUGUUGGUGGCUCCAACUGGCCACUGCCGGAUAUCGACUUUGGAUCGCAAGACUCGCCGGAGACCAGCUUGGCCCAGCUUACUCCGUCGGCGACCAACAAGCCCACGGAGUUCAGAAGGACAAUUCCGCGCAUGUCUUCGGUUGACAUCAAACAAAAAUCAGAAGGACUUAGCCCAUCCCCUUCGCCUGUCAUGGGCCAACGCCUUUCAGACCACGAAAGAACUUCCAGUGAAGACAUCGAAUCUCUGGAGGACUCUCCCGUCAACCGACCAACCCCUCCGUCGAAAGCCUCCAAUCCGUCAACCCCUGUUGUCGGCCAGGCCCGGACCUCUCAAAUUCAAUACUCGUCUCCAUCCCCCUCGCCCCUGCGCACAAGCUUCAAAGAUAAUUAUAUCCACCCGCCGCCAUCAUAUCGGAAGACUCCCGGCGUAGGGUCUCCUUGGUCCAGGGACUCGUCUCCGCGCGACAAGGCCCUGCCAUCCCCUCCCGUACCUCCGAAAUUCAAUACCCCUGCCGAUCAGCUUUCAUCGCCGAGAUCUUCUGCCUCGUUGGUUCCCCAGGCGGAUGAGUCCUUGGAAGCGAUUUCCGGAUUUUUCAAGACCUUCCCCAGCUCCAGCAAUAGCGUGGACAUCGAUCCUCAAACAAUGCUGGAAAACAAAAACGAUAACCAAAAAAUCCGGACGCUGAAGAAGCAGAUGUGGGAGAUCACGGGAGACGGCAAGCGCCAGGACCUCCCAGUGAACCAGGAGUACAUUCUGUACGAGGGCAGCAUGUACUUGUGCGUGCACAUGUUUGAAGCCGAAGGCAGCAUUCGCUCGGAAGUCCAUCUCUGGUGCGGUGAUGAUGUAGCCGACGCCGCGCUGGAUGACGCUCAGUCUUUCUCUCGAAGAGUCGCGAAGGAGAACAGCGCCAAACUCGAAGUCAUCAAGCAAGGCAAAGAAACCACCCGGUUCAUCCAAGCGCUUGGCGGCAUCCUGAUCACGCGUCGUGGAUUGAGCUCCCGCUCGAGUUCGUCGGCGAUUUUCAUGCUCUGCGGGCGGAAGCACCUGGGUCAAAUGGUGUUCGAUGAGGUCAACCUCUCGCCUCGCAAUCUGUGCACCGGAUAUCCUUUUGUGAUUUCGGCCAUGUUUGGCAAGUUGUACCUCUGGAAAGGCAAAGGAAGCUCGGCAGAGGAGAUCGGCGCUGCUCGACUGAUUGGCAUGGACCUGGGUCUGACGGGCGAAUUCGAAGAAGUGACCGAGGGCGAGGAACCCGAGAGCUUCUUCGAGGUGUUCCCGCCAUAUGCCGAGACUGGCGACUACAUGGACUCGGAUUUCUGGCGGCUGAAACCCAACUAUGAUCAUUUCCGCCUGCGGUUGCUUCGCAUCGACCACGAACUCGGACAGCGAUCAGGGUUCUGGCUGCGGCGAUCAGGCUCGGCAUCGCCAGUGAUCCGACCGAAUGACACCGUCCAGGAGGUGGAGCCUUUUUGCCAGAACGAUCUCGCCGGAAAGGGGGUUUUCAUUCUGGAUAUCUUCUUCGAGAUCUACGUGAUCGUUGGCGAACAAUCAUCGAACCGACCCGGCGAAUUCGCCUCGGCCGUGGUCUUCGCGCACGAGUAUGGCAUUCUGGCUGCUUCUCUCCAGGAUCGACCUUUCAUUCCUAAAAGCUACGUCGCCCUCGGAGGAAUCCCCGACUCCUGUCGCAGUGCGUUCCGGAAAUGGGUGCCGCGUUCUCCCUCCACGCCUCCUCCGCGAGUCUUCCCCUUGAAUGCGGCCAUCGAAGCCAUUCGCACCUAA